AUGUGGAACAGGGAUUCUGAGUAUAUUUGCUGCAAGAUCAGGAGCUGGUCAUAGUAUGCCAAGGAUAUUGUAAAAAAGAAUGGAUUUGAAGAUAAAAUUACCAUUAUCAAGGGAAAGGUGGAGGAAAUAGAACUACCAGUUUAAUAAGUAGAUAUAAUUGUUUCAGAAUGGAUGGGUUACUUUUUGAUUUAUGAAUCAAUGCUGGAUACUGUUAUAUUUGCUAGAGAUAAAUGGCUGAAAAAAGAUAAGGGAUAUAUUUAUCCAGAUAUUUAUAGGAUGUAUAUGGCUGGGUUCCAAGAUAGAACUCAAUAUAAGAAUUCUAAGAGCUAGUUUUGGAACGAUAUUUAUGGAAUUAAUAUGGAUUAAAUAGGAUAUUUGGUCUAUGUGGAGCCAUCUAUAGAAACUGUUGAAAAAGAGGCAAUAGUGACUGAUGUAUGCACUUUUUUCGAAAUUGAUUUGAAUACAUGCAAAAAAGAUGAUGCAAUAUUUGCUAAUCAAUACACAAUAAAAAUGCUUAAAGGCGAAAAAAUUGAUGGUAUAGUGACAUGGUUUGAUGUCGAGUUUAGGAAAGGUCUAGAAAAAAUAUACAGAUUUACAACUGGACCAUUUUCAACUUAAACACAUUGGAAGUAGACCAUAUUUUACAUUGAUGGCGAGUAUGAUCUUGAAGUCGGAGACGAACUUUAUGGAUCGAUAGCAGUCAGAAAGAAUAAAAAGCAUCCACGUGAACUCGACAUUAAAUUUUCCUUCAAUACACGAGAUAAAUUUGGUGAAUAAUUAAGCGAGAGAUAUAUUCAAUACUUCCAAAUGACAUGA